AUGUCCGGUGGCUCGCAACAUAACCCAAAUGGGAGGCAGUCGCAACUAGGGUCCAGUUGGAGUCCUUUACAGUUACAGGUGGCGAACCUGUUAGCGCGCGCGCCUCAAGCGCACAUGGCUUCAGAAAGGGGUGUCACAUGGCACACGCCCACUCCGCCUCCCCAUCUCUAUCAUGUACCGGCGCCUUCGCCCCCUGAUCCUCUUCAAAUGAUACAAUUGCAGGCAAUGAAAGCGGGCGGCAACGCGGUGUUUCGGCACACGGCGACGCCGCCCGACCUCUACCGACAUACUCCUACGCCGCCGGACAAACAUCUCAUGAGACACACUCCAUCACCCGGUGAUGUGAAGGCUGGAUCGGGGAUGCCUCCAGCCGACUUGUAUCCGCAUUUGGGUCCAGGGCGAGUUUCAGAAAAACUUGUCCGGGCAGAAGAAUUCUUAGCAUACGCCCGUGGAGGCGUGGACUUGACGGUGGGGUCUCGUGGGGCCAACGGGUCGCCCCAUGCCCCAGCCUUAUCUGUGAGAGAUGCCCCGACGAUAAACAGCCUCAUAGCCCGCGCAGCGCCACGCCCGUCUCACGCGAGGGUUGAUGCUCUUCUGGAGAGAUUGUCUGCCCCUGCCCCUUCGUCGCCUCAUUCUGUGAUUGUUCAUUCUAGGGCGGCUCCUACGCCUUCGCCCCCGUCUUCUAAUGAGGAUUCAGCCGACUCCUGUGGAGCUCCUCCAGGUUCAAAGCGGAAAAGGAAACCAGAACGCACGAUACGAGUACCCAUUCCACCUCCGCCAUCUGAUAUGCCACGUCCAUUGACCAUACAAAAUGGAGACACGCACAACGGGCCCGAGAAACCAGUAAAACAAAACGUACCAGAGAAACAGGAUAAACAAGAUAGACCGGACAAACCACCCACCCCCGAAAUGCCAGAACCACAUGCAAGAAGAAAAACCCGCGCCGACUCCUCAGAAACAAUAGACGAUAUCGCAGCCCUGAUAGCCAACACGGAGCGAAGAGAUAUCCCCACUGAACCGUUCCCGGAACCGGAAACGCCCAUCACUAUUGACAAACUCAAAAGUGUCCUAGCUAGUCCCGAACCGGAGAAAUCGCCAGUCAAAACACCCCCUAAGUCCCCACCUAAAUCCCCGCCGAAGUCGCCAAAAGAACAAAAAGAAAAAUCGACACCGAAAGAAGAAAUAGAACCGCCUCCGACGGCGGCUGCACCUAGACGCAGGAGCACCAGAACAAACUCGGAAUCCACCAACGUUCCAGUGGAAUCACCCUCGGAGGCGAAACCGGCCGAACCCGAAGCCAGCGAAACGAAGAUGGCGGAACCCACAUCGGCGUUCGUGGAAGUCGAGAAUCAAAUGGAGAAAAUGUUUGGUGAUAUUGAGGAACCAGCUGAAUCUAAAGCUGAGGAGAAGGCUACUGCUAAACCUAAGAAAAGACGGAAAUCUGCACCCACGAAAGGAGAGAAGAAGGCUUCUAAGCGGUCUAGCAGGCGGUCGACGGGAGAUGAUGGGCCAAGAAGGAAGGUAGCGAGGAAAAAGGGGAUAAGUAAGAAAGAGGCUUUGAAGGAUGCGUAUGACUCGGGAAGUAAUGCCAGUUCCAGUCGGUCAAGGGGGCCUUACAUUCAGAUCGUAGGGCCACGAGACUCCCCAGUAUCAGUAGCAGUGGUUAACGCAACGGCGACGGAAGACGACAGGCGUACGGCGGACGAAUGGCGGAACGGGCUCAAAGCUCGCGGCCUUCACGCGAGUACUUUGGGAUUGAGAUACGACGCCAGUACACCUGAUGCCUCGUGGCUUUGUGCCUUUUGUGAGAGAGGACCGCACCACGCUGGCCUGGGAGACCUAUUCGGACCCUAUACGGUUGACACCACCUGUGAUGAAUUUAGAUCGCUAGACGAAUUAUCACAAACCCGAUUCCCUAGCGUGGAAGCCGGGGCAGAAGUUUGGUUCCACGAAGCGUGUGCCGUAUGGGCCCCGGGGCUCGUCGCCAUCGGGGCCCGAAUUUUUGGCCUCGCGCAAGCCGUUUGGGGCUCUCGGGCCUCAAAGUGCGCACAUUGCUCCACGUCCGGAGCGCCAAUUGCCUGCGCGACCAGAACUUGCCGUGCUAGGGCUCACCUGCCCUGCGCUCGCACAAACAAGUGGCAGUUGGACGAUGAGAACUUCAAGGCUGUCUGUCCUCGACACGCUUAG